AUGUUAUCUGCAGUUGAUAAUCAAAGGUCAAGAACCCGCCGAUCACAACCAGGUAGAGCUAAAUCGAAGAUUACCGUUGAAACAGUCAGAAAAGAGAUAAACAAGACUUUAAAUUCUUUGAUGCGCACGCCACAGGCAUUUUGUUCACCCAAAGAAAAAGUCUGCAUGCAAGGUCCGCCGGGAAUACAAGGACCUAAAGGAUCACGUGGUAGAAGAGGACCGCGGGGAUUCACGGGAAAGAAAGGACCACGAGGUGACACAGGGAUCCCAGGGCUGCACGGAAAACAGGGACCCACUGGACCACCUGGUGAAAAAGGAAAAGAGGGAGAACGAGGUGCUCCGGGGCCUCGGGGAUUCCCCGGUGCAAAAGGAGAUCCUGGAGAAUCAAUUUCACUUCCAUCAGUCGUGAUUACUCCUAAUCAUCAAACGGUCAGAGAAAACCAGAACGCAUUGCUCCAGUGUUCUGCAACUGGAAACCCAGGACCGUCCGUGACUUGGUAUCGUUCAAAUGGGUCGAGUUUACCUAGUCAUUUCCGUUACCAACCGGAUGGAAAGUUAAUAGGAACUCGCGUGACUCUAUCAGAUGCUGGGAAAUACAUUUGCGUUGGUAGAAAUUUGCUUGGGUCAACGAAUCAGUCAGCUAUGUUGGCCAUUGAAGGUAAAUACAUGUGAAGUUUUAAUUUGUAUAAAAAAAAAUAAAAAAUAAGGAGUGUUUAAUAAAAAAAUAAAUAAAAUAAAUGAAUAAAAAUAAAUAAAAUAAAAUAAAUAAAUAAUAAAUAAAAAAUGUCUUUCUGUAAACCAUUUAUUUUCGUCUUUGUUGUGUAGAAGUAUCAUUACCAAAGUAUAAUGCCCUGCUUGUUAUAAUAGAUAACACUGAUACGAUCCAACUCCAGUUGAUUCAAUUGGACCCUUACCUUUCAUAACAAAGCGCUCUUGAAUUGACCAAAGGACGACCCUAUGUUUCUGUUUCUGAAGCUCUAAAGACUAAGGCACAAGCCAUGCGUUCCGUGGUGGGACGUUGAGAGGUGUGGGAGCCCCUAUCUAAUAAUAAUUUGCAAUGGGCCAUUUGCACGAUGACAUCAUGGGUUUUCCUGUCUUGUGCAAAUUACGGCUUUUGUCAUUUAAAUAUCGCUGGGUUUACCAAAUUUAAAUAUGAAAAGAAAAACGCAAAGGAUUCUGGUUGAAGUAGUAAAAUGACGCCAUCGUGACGCCAUCUACUAUUCUUGGGUUGCACGUGACGUCACCAAAAAUCAAACUAAGAAACUAUCGAUUCUUCUGAGUUUCUACUUUCACGAGGUAUUACAGUACCUAAACACCUUUACAUAAAAAAAUUUUUGGUUCGAAAGGGUUCUUCGUUUUGCGAGAGAGGACGCUUGAAUUUCCAGGCUUUUGCGUGACGCGGCAUUUAGCUGGCGGCCGGGAAAGCUCUUACGUGGGUUAAAAACAUAACCGAUUUUGGGAGAUUUUGCAAUCUAAACAUUCCUUGUCUCAGAAUAAAUAUUACUGUAAUCUGUAUGAGUUCCUCAAGCGAAGAAUUCACGUAUUAGUAGGAAAACUCGAAAACAGAUGUUUCUGUUGGUAUCCGGCGGCCAUAUUGGUGUUCCUGAAAGGGACACCAACAUGGCGUUUCCAUACAAAGCUUUAUAAAUUUUGGUAAACCGUUUUUCCCAAUAUCUCGCAUUUUAAAUAUUUCACAGACCUGAUUCUUGGCAAGGGUUUUUGUAUAUUUAUCUUUUUUCAUUUCCCAGAUUCUAGUCCUUCUGUAUUGAAUGGUUUGCAUUUUUAUUUUUCAUUGCGUGACAGUGCAAGCCAAGAAUAAGGUCUACAAGAAUGUAUCGUUUUGAGUGUUAUUUUUUGAUACGGGUUAAUAUGACUCACUAGGUUUGAAUUCGCAUAACUUCCGAUUAUUGCAAGCUAACGUACCAAGCAAUGAUAUUUUCAUUUGUUGCUAAGACGUUACAAUUCUUUAUUUUAGCUCCUCCUCGAAUUCAACUCGAUCCAGGUCCCACUCAUGUUAAAACAGGGCUAACCGUAAGGCUUCCUAAAUGCUACGUAACAGGAUUUCCUACAGCGGAUGUGACAUGGAGAAGAGUUAAAGGCGUUCUUCCAGGGAACAGGGUCGUUUUAAACAAGGGUACGUUAUCGUUGAUCGCCGCUGAGAAAAAUGAUGCUGGAAUCUAUGAAUGCACAGCGAGGAACCGUCUAGGCCAUGAGUCUUCUUUAACCUCGCUGUUUGUAUGGUCUCCUCCCUCGUUCGUCACGAAGCCUCCUAGCAAAGUUAAUAAAGUUACAGGCGAAGAGUUGACCUUGCGUUGUUCUGCCUCUGAUCGAGCCUCUCUUUCGUGGAAACGUGUCGGUGGAGCCUGGGAAGGAGAACGUAUGAAUGACCGAAAUGGAACAUUGACGAUUACCUCUCUUAAAAAAUCUGAUUCUGGUUCUUACGUCUGUGAAGCUAAGCUACCACUUAAUAACAUAGACGCGACGACUGUCUUGAGAGUAACAGGUCAGUAACUGAGAUGUGCCGUAUAAAAAAGUGAUUGUUAUCUAUACCCGUAAGUAAGGAAUGUUUGGGUCGGUUGGCAUGUCAUAUCUUUUCAUUUAAUCGAGUACGCGGAAAAGUGAUUUUGUAUCUUAUACCCCAAAAUAAAUUUCUCAAUGCUUGGAGGAUAGCAAUUCCCCCUCCUUGCUACAUUGCGUCAACAAACUUAAUCUUUUUAUCUUCUUUUUAACUCUACAACUCAAAAACCAAUUCUACAGGGCGAUAUUUGACUUGAAAACUAUACAUAGAGGGAACUUUUUUUCCAUGCCUCCUGAAAGUUGAUAUUGCUAAAGAAUAGGUACCUUAACUUGGGCAGAUAAGUCACCAUUUAUCAAUACUCUUUGACGUCUGUCAGCAAGAUAUGAUCGGAACCAAGGCAGUGAUCUUGAAGACAAACCUAGAGACUCUAACUUUCCCAGGAGACUUUUAUGAUUCGCAGAAUCAAAUGCACGUGGUAAAGUUCUUACAAUUUGAGACUGACAAUAGUGCGCUGUUUACUACCGUAAUCACGGCGGCUCUGAUUGUCGCGCCAUCACAAUCGGAGUCCCACAGGGGAGCAUUUUGGGCCCUUUGCUAUUCAACAGUUGUGUUAACAGCUUGCCAAAUGCAGUUAAAAUCGCUCGUGUGAUUCUGUAUCAUCCGAAGCACUCAAUUCCCUUCAAUGGAUCCCUCUGGCUGGACGACGUUUCGCGGGAAAUACCAGAGCACCUAGAGACUUUUAAAAUAACCUUACAUAACACAAGAAACAAUUACUUACCUAGAAUUCCAAGCCCGAAAACGGAAUGGGGAAAAAGAACAACUUACUAUAGGUACAUUAGUACGGUGGCCCAGAAGGAUCAACAUGCAAAUUAAAAAUGUUGCUGCAACCUAAAAAUAGUACAUGCAAAUUAAAAAUUGUACAUGCAAACUAAAAAUUGUGCUGCAAAUUGAAAAUAGAAAACAUAUCGAUGCAAAGAAAAAAAUGAAAAGUCCUGCGCGUGCAGUAUGAGUGAUGAGGACUUGGUCCGAGCCGUGCGACCUGGCCUGACAGCCGUCGGCCCAUUCAUGUUUCAUGUUUUUAAUAGUUUUAGUUUGCAUGUACAAUUUUUAAUUUGCACGUCCUAUUUUUAAUUUGCAGCAACAUUUUUAAUUUGCAGGUAAAAUUUUUAGUUUGCAGCAACAUUUUUAAUUUGCAGGUAAAAUUUUUAGUUUGCAGCAACAUUUUUAAUUUGCAUGUGUGGCCCUUCUGGGCCACGCGUACAUUAGCGACUGGUCAACUCUUCCGAAUUUUCUAAGGAAACCUGUUGCUUGCAAAUUUUUACAGUCAAACCAGGUCAAGCGUUCCCGUCGCUAACGAACUAAUGAAUUGAUUCACGGAAAAAUGAUUUCGUUUGUUGAUUCAAUAAUCCAUUCAUAAAAUGAACAAUCCAAUAGUCAUAUUUAGCCUCGAUUCCAUAAUCGAAUGUUGAUUCGAUUUCUGUUUUUUGAAAAAUUACACUUUCCACAAGUUGACCUCAGAAUUUUGUUUUUUGCUCUUUUUUUUUCUGAGAGUCGAGUGCUGGCGAGUUCUGAAGUUCAAACCCAAACAAACUGUUACAUGUACGCCAGUUUGCUGCCAAUAAUCAGUGCAACAGACCUAGGCCUGACCUCUUAGGAAACACGACGGUCAAACUGAGGUCAGUGUAUGUGCGGUGAUUGGUGGAUUUCGAUCCUCGGCCUUUGUCAGUUUCUUUGCGUUUGCGGUCUGUCUAUUCUAACUGUUAUUUUGAUUAAAGGCAAUGAAAAACGCAAUCGUAAACGGCAGGAAAAGGGAAGCAAAUACGAUUGAACACUACAGACAAGAAUAAAGAACAGGUAGAUUUUGUUCAUAAACCAAAUCAACAUUUGAUUAUUGAAUCGAGGUACAAUUUGACCGUUGGAUUAUUCAUUUUAUUAAUGGAUUAUUGAAUCAACAAACGAAAUCAUUUUUCCAUUAAUGAAUUCAUUAGUUUGUUAGCGACGGGAACGCUUGACCUGGUUUGACUGUAAACGGGACGGUGGGACCUAAAAAAGUUUUUAAGAGCCAAAUAUUGUUGUUUGUAAAUUUUAAUUUUAUCCUUUUAGUCGUUAGCCUUUGUUUUUUCGAUAGUUAAAUCUUUUAGUCUGAUUGUAUUUUUAUUACUUUUUCCCUUUUUUAGUUGUCUAGCCUUUUUAGCCUUUAGAUUUGAUUGACAUGUUAUUAGUAGUUUUAAUAUUAUUUAAUCUUAGUCAGAGGUCCUCCCUGAAAACCAUUUUAUGUGAUUUGAGUUUCCUCUAUAAAGAUUAUUUUAUUAUUAUUAUUAUUAUUAUUAUUGGCAGUGGAGUAAGAUAAAUUGUGGAGUAUCAAAUUUUCACUUUUAUUGCCUUAGAAACUUGACGACUAGACCUAAAAAUAUAAGAAGUAUUUAGAAACUGAUCGAUUUUGAGACCACUAACGCAAAAUCAAAGUCGGCAUAACCUGCAUGCAUAGCCAGCGUUUCUGCGCUGACAGAGAGCGGAAACGCUUGCUAAGCAGGCUAAAACUUACAAAAGUGAUAAUUAUCAAUUUACAGAUCCUCCCUUCAACUUUACAACAAACGGACGUAAAGGACGCCAGGGAAGUAUUCAGAAGUUCACAGUUCCAAUAACUGCCCGUUAUUUGAUAAAGGCUUGGGGUGCUCGUGGAGGAACACAUUCCACUAAUUAUGGAAGCUAUCCUGGAACCUACUACGGUGGAAAGGGUGCAUUCAAGGAGGGGAUAUUCACACUGAAUAAAGGAACUGUACUGAACAUUGUAGUAGGGCAAAGGGGAGGAGAUUCAGUAGAGGUUAAAGGAGGGCAAUCGACUAGCAGAACGGCAGCUGAGCUAGGGCUGUCUGUAGAGGACAAUGCUGGGACAGGGGGAGGGGGAGGAAGUUUUGUUUAUACAUCCGUUAAUUCACUUUUGUUAGCUGCCGGAGGGGGAGGGGGUGCACAUGCAGGAUACAACGGGGUAGAUGGUCAGGCGGGUACUAGUGGUACCAGUAGUGUGGGGAAAGACUCGUCGCGUGUUCGAAGGGGAGGGACUGGGGGACAACCGGGUCAGUGUAAUUCAGAAGGUGGUAGCUACCACGGGGGAGUGGGUGCAGGUUGGUUAAGUCAGGGAUGUGUCAGAAAAGGAUCCAAACACGGAGAGAGAGGUGGAUCUCGCGCUCAGGGCUGGGUGGGAGGGAGAGCCGGUGGAAUGAAUAGUGGUUAUAAUGGAGGACCACCCCCUGGUGCGGUAGGAGGUUUUGGUGGUGGGGGUGGUGGGUCUGAGGAUAACGGUGCAUCGGGCGGAGGAGGAGGAUACUCUGGUGGAGGAAGCGGUACUAGAAAUCAGGCUGGGGGUGGUGGGGGCUCGUAUUGCAGUGGUUCGAGUUGUUCUGGCGCUACUGGUGGGAACCUAAAGGAUGAUGGAUUUGUACGAAUUAUCGCGUUAUCGAACUAA